AUGUGUCCAGAAAACGUAGAUUUAUUUUCCGCAAUUAGUCUUUCUGCGAACACUGUUGCUCGUAGGGUUGAACAUAUUGAAAGAAAUAUUAAAUCACAGCUAAAAGACAAAGCCAGCAAGUUUGUAUGCUUUUCUGUUGCACUUGAUGAGUCAAUUGAUGUAUCAGACACAUCCCAAUUGUUAUUGUUCAUCAGAGGAAUAAAUGCCAAUUUUGAGAUUACUGAGGAACUUGUAUCUGUGCACAGCAUGCAUGGAACAACAACAGGCAUAGAUAUUUUUAGAGAAGUGGAAAAGUCAGUGGCUGAGUAUAAUUUGGAAUGGAAAAAACUAAAAUGCAUAACAACAGAUGGUGGCAGAAAUAUGUGUGGAACCAAAAAGGGCUUAGUUGGGCAAAUUAACAAAGUAAUUGAGAAUUCCGGUGGAUUGAAACCUUUGGUAUUGCAUUGUAUUCUUCAUCAGCAAGCACUGUGUGGAAAGCAUCUUGAUUUAUCAUCUGUAUUAGAUCCUGUGAUUUCCACUGUUAACUACAUAAGAUCUCAUGGACUCAAACAUCGCCAAUUUCGUGAUUUCUUGGAGGAAAUGAAUGCUGAGUUUCCAGACCUACCUUACUAUACUUCAGUAAGAUGGCUUAGCUAUGGAAAAAUUCUGGCUAGAUUUUUUGAGCUUCGAACUGAAAUUGAAAUAUUUUUAAAUGAGAAAAACCAUUCACAGGUGUUGCUCAAAGACAGUGAAUGGCUCUGGAAAUUAGCAUUUUCAGCCGAUUUAACUAUGCAUCUCAAUGAUUUCAACCUACGGAUACAAGGUGAAACUUCACUCAUCUGUGAUUUGUACUCAAAGGUGAAAUCUUUUCGUAAGAAAUUAAUACUAUUUGAAAGUCAGUUAACAAGAAGCUGCUUUACUCAUUUUUCACGAUGUGACAAAUAUAGACAGGAAGCUGCCACUCCAUUUCCAAACUUGUUUGCUCAAGAUGUCAUUUUAGCUUUGAAACAACAGUUUGAAGAACGUUUUUCUGAUCUUGAUGCAUGUUCUUCAAAACUAAGAAUUUUUGAAAAUCCAUUUAACUCUGUUAUUGGAGACUUACCUUCUGAGUUACAAAUGGAAGUUAUUGAUUUGCAAUCCAAUGACAUCCUGAAGGACAAAUAUAAAGAGGGAAAUUUGAUUGAAUUCAACAAAUGCCUUCCAUCCGACCAAUUUCUUCAUUUAAGGAGGUUUGCCUGUGAAUUCAUUUCAGUUUUUGGCACCACAUAUUUGUGUGAGAAGACUUUUUCAAAGAUGAAAUACACAAAAUCCUGCUACAGAUCACAAUUGUCUGAUGAACAUUUAAAUGCAUUGCUUGUUAUUGGAACCACUCAUUUUGAACCUCAGUUGGACAAAAUUUUGUCAGAAAUGAAACAAUUUCAUGUUUCCCCUAUUGAUCAAAGUUUAAAAAAACAUAGAACUCUUUCUGUUAAUAAAUCCAUAGAAGCAGACAUUUUCUUAUCGAUACGCAAAUUUGUAUUGAAGAAAGAAACAGUUAAUGAAAACGCUCCUAUGUUCGCGUUCAUGAAGCAUAAACAGCCUUUCGAAGCCCAGAUUAUCGACUAA